AUGCACUUCAACGCCUCCUACGGCCAGAAAGACAUCCCGCCGCAAUUCAUUCCCCACCAGGAACAGUGGGGAGGGCGUCCUGGGGCCUUUGCGGAUGGCAACCCUCAGGGCGGGUACAGCAGUUACCAGCAACGGGCACCUGGAGGCUUUGAUGGCGGUUACGCCCGCGGCGGCCGUGGCCGGGGAGUUGGUGGUGGCAUGUACGGCCGCGGAGGUGUUUUUGGGCAUGAUGGCGGGUACCCGCGGCCAAUUCAGUACCACGGCGAAGGCGUCUCUCAUGCCUAUCACCGCGAGGAGAAGCCUGAAGAGGAAAUAUUCAAGGAGCACACCCCCGGUAUCAACUUUGAUCAGUACGAGGCUAUUAAAGUUCACGUCUCGCCCGAUGACAUUCCACCAAUGGAGUCUUUUUCCACAAUGAACACGGCACCGGCUCUCAAAGAAAAUGUGGCACGUUGUCGAUACCAAAAGCCAACACCUGUUCAAAAGUACGGUAUUCCUGUUGUGUUAAGUGGUAAUGACCUCAUGGCUUGUGCCCAGACCGGUUCUGGAAAGACGGCAGCCUACUUGAUCCCUCUCGUGAGUUCUAUCUUGAAUAACGCGUCACAGAGCCCGCAGGGACACGGAAGUCGGUCUUCCCCAUCCGCGUUGGUCAUGGCUCCCACCCGUGAACUUUCCAUCCAGAUUCACGAGGAAGGACGUAAGUUUACCUAUCGAACCGGUAUUCGAUGUGUUGUUGUGUACGGCGGCGCCGAUCCGCGCCACCAGGUACAUGAACUUUCACGAGGUUGCGGUUUGCUGGUUGCCACACCUGGCCGUCUUUGGGACGUCUUUACACGUGGCUACGUGACCUUCUCUUCUAUCCGAUUUAUGGUCCUGGACGAGGCCGAUCGCAUGCUUGACAUGGGCUUCGAGCCGCAGAUUCGUAUGAUUGUGCAGGGCCAGGGUAGCGAUAUGCCACCCCCAGGCCAGCGGCAGACGUUGUUAUACUCGGCCACUUUCCCAACUGAGAUCCAACAGCUUGCGCGGGAAUUUCUGCACCGUCACUACUUCUUGCAGGUUGGCCGCGUGGGCUCAACGACGGAAAAUAUUACCCAAGACGUGCGCUGGGUUGAAGACACCGACAAGCGGGAGCAACUCCUCAGGCUCCUGCACGAGAACCAAGGCCAACUUAUUUUGGUAUUUGUGGAGAAAAAGCGCGACGCCGACUACUUGGAGCGCUUCCUACGCAAUAACCGGAUCAUGUGUGCGUCGAUUCACGGUGACCGCGUCCAGCGCGAGCGUGAGGAGGCGCUUAACAUGUUCAAGUCUGCCACCUGCCAAGUACUCGUUGCCACGGAUGUGGCCUCACGUGGGCUGGAUAUUCCCAACGUGAGCAUCGUCAUUCAGUAUGAUAUGCCGAGUAACAUUGAUGACUACGUCCACCGCAUUGGCCGAACAGGUCGCGCAGGAAAAGUUGGUCGUGCAAUCUCCUUUUUCAACGAGAAGAACCGCAACAUCGUCGACGACCUUGUUCCCUUGUUGAAUGAGACCCACCAAAGUGUCCUUCCCCAGAUCAUGGAGCUCAUGAAGCGGCCCAACAUUAACAAUGGUCGUGGUGGUGGUGGUGGCGGCUACCGCGGCUACCACGGCGGCGGCUUCUUUGGCGGCGGCGGCGGCUACCGUGGCGGUCGCGGCGGGUACCGUGGCGGCGGCAACCGCGGAGGUUACGGCGGCGGCUACGGUGGCGGCUACGGCGGCGGCGGCGGUGGCGGCUACGGCGGUAGUGGCGGCUACGGCGUUGGUGGCGGCUACGGCGCGAACAUGGGCGGAGGUGGUCGUGGCGGCGGCUUCCGUGGCUACGGCGGAGGCGCGGGGCCGGGGGCCUUUGGCGGGCCGGCAGGCAACAUCCGCGGCAUGUUUGCUGACAAUCUCAACGCCUAA